AUGGGAAAUAGUCAACUAAGAGAACCAAAAAGAACCGCUCACACUAUUGUUGAAGAAGAUUUACAAGUGGUAUUGAAAGAACAGAAUAUUAUUGAACCACAUAACUAUUCGAAUCAAAACUAUUAUGACAGUGAUUCAGAAGAAUCAAGUUUGUCAACCUGUGGUUCCAACUAUGAAUAUGUUGAUCUUUCAGAAUUUUGGAAUCUUCCUACUGAAAUUCAACUUUACACAAUGACAUUUCUUCCAUUGAACAAUUUUUCUCGAAUUAUUCGGGUGUCCAAAUCACUUUCCAAAAACUUAUUGGAAUACAAUGAAUUAUUUACCAUAUACUAUUUGAAUGAUUUCAGACCAAGAGCGAUUCAAGAAAGAAAAUCCUGGGUUUCUUAUAGCUGGCGAGAUGAUCCCCCAGAAAAUGACUCUGCUCUCUUUCACCUUCCUCAAUCAAUUGAUUCUUCUCAGUAUUUUCAAUCUUUAGGAUUUUAUGGAACUUUGAAAAUUAUUGUGGUUGAACAUGUUAAUGAGAGGAAAAGGAGACGAAAGCGGGCUAACAUGCCACAACCAAUGUAA